CACUGCGUGCUGACUUUUUCCUUAACAAUGGUGCUUCGUACAGCUCUCGUUUCCGCUGGAAAGCGCAUGGCCAUGGCGGCUGCAAGCCAGGCGGCUCGCCGAAGUGCCCUCCAGGCCACUGCCUCCCGUGGUAUGGCUAGCCAGACCCUUGAGCUCUCGACCUACCUCGAGAGUAAGAUUGGUGCCCUGGCUGGCGCGGAAGACUCGGGAAAGAAGUACGCCGAAACUGGAUCCGUCAUUUCCGUAGGAGAUGGUAUCGCUCGUGUGUACGGCCUCUCCAAUGUCCAGGCCGGAGAGAUGGUUGUCUUUUCCGCGGGUCUCCGUGGAAUGGCUCUCAACUUGGAAGAAGACAAUGUCGGGGUCGUUAUCUUUGGUGACGAUCGGGACAUUCUCGAAGGUGAUACCGUCAAGCGAACAGGUGCUAUUGUCGACGUUCCCGUUGGUAACGAACUUCUUGGACGCGUGGUGGAUGGUAUUGGACAGCCCAUUGAUGGUGGUGCUAGUCUCGAAAAGUGCAAGCGCUCUCGUGCCGAAGUCAAAGCCCCCGGUAUCAUCCCCAGAGAGUCCGUGUCCGAACCCAUGCUUACCGGUCUCAAGGCCGUCGAUGCCUUGAUCCCUAUUGGACGUGGACAGCGUGAACUGAUCAUUGGAGAUCGCCAAACUGGAAAGACAGCCAUUGCUAUUGAUACCAUUAUUAAUCAGAAGACCAAAGCCGAGCCGCUGGCGUGCAUUUACGUUGGUGUCGGGCAGAAGCGAUCCACUAUUGCUCAGCUCGUCGGACAGCUCGACGAGCGUGGAGCCAUGGACAACUGUAUCAUUGUCGCUGCCACCGCUUCCGAUGCCGCUCCUUUGCAGUUUUUGGCGCCUUACACGGGUGCUGCCAUGGGUGAAUUCUUCCGCGAUAAUGGCAAACACGCCGUGAUUUUCUACGAUGAUCUUUCCAAGCAAGCUGUCGCCUACCGUCAAAUGUCUCUCUUACUCCGUCGUCCCCCCGGUCGCGAAGCCUACCCUGGUGAUGUUUUCUACCUCCAUUCUCGUCUCCUCGAACGUGCCGCCAAGAUGCACCGCAACAAUGGUGGAGGUUCAUUGACCGCCCUUCCCGUUAUUGAGACUCAGGCUGGAGACGUGUCCGCCUAUAUUCCGACUAACGUGAUUUCCAUUACGGAUGGUCAGAUUUUCUUGGAGUCCGAACUGUUCUACCAAGGUCAGCGCCCCGCCAUUUCUGUCGGUCUUUCCGUGUCACGUGUCGGUUCCGCCGCACAGUACAAGGCCACAAAGGCGGUUGCCGGUACCAUGAAACUGGAACUCGCUCAGUAUCGUGAGGUUGCGGCGUUUGCCAAGUUCGGUUCCGAUUUGGACCCCGCCACUCAACAGCAGCUCAACCGCGGAGUCCGUUUGUACGAACUCCUCAAGCAAGGACAAUACCAGCCCUACGAACCGGAGGAAGUUGUGGCCGCCCUGUUCAUUGGUGUUAAAGGAUACUGCGAUCGCAUUGACGUUGAACACGUCCAGGGAUUUGAAGUUGCCUUCCUCGCGCAUGUCAAGGGUGUCCACUCCAAGGUUUUGGCGGACAUUGUGUCUGCCGGAUACGUGCUCACCGAAGAUGCCGAGAAGAAGAUGCACGAAAUUGCCGAGGCCUUUACCAGUGGAUACUCUCCUUAAACAACUGAUUUACUGUUAGUAGUAUCAAUAACCCAACGCUGUGGUUUCAACAUAUUUUG